AUGGCGAACAGAAAGGAGGAGCUGCCGCUAAAUGAUGAGAGUACGGAAGAUGAGGACAACAGCUUCAUCGGUGAGCAGGGCGUUGUGAGCUCGGGCAUGACCACAGCGACAAGCGCAUCAGCGCCAGCGGCCACCAACUACAAGGUGCGCAUUUGCAGGGAGUUGGGACUGCUGAGCGCGGAUGAAGAACGCGGGAAACCGCACAAGUACGCGGAGGAGGAGGUGCCGGAUAUUGAUGGAGACAUUCUGCGGGAGUAUAUCGAGCUACGCCUGACCAACGAGCGUAUGGCGCUGGAGUCGCUGAAGCGCGAUAACCUAAACAAAAUCGACGAGAUCCUAACCAAGCUGAUUGACUCCAACUUUCCACUUGGCACAUUCGACAAGCUGUUGCAGAGCUCGACGGCCGUGGGGGGUGGUGGCUCCAUAUUGGGAUCAGAUGGUGGGUGUACAGACACGGAGGCAUUGGGACAUGACCGAAAACGCAAGAAGUUGGAGCCCCGCUUCCCGGCGCCUCCGCCGAGCGUGGCACUCGGCCCGCGCCAUCGCCGAUAUAAUUCUGAAUUGGGCCUCAACUACUUGCGCGAGAGCAACGCGCAGCCCAGCGUGAUGCUCCCGCAGGUGCAGCAGCGCUGGAACACAGCUCCUCGACAACAACCCAGACAACAGCAUAGACAACAUGGGCAGGCCGAGGAAACGGGUUCACCACCAAUGGCUCUUCGCUAUCCCCCUCCAAUGUUAAUGAACAGCAAUUAUACAUUCCCUGCCGGCCCCCAGCAGCCGCUCGGCCCGCAUCCACAAUCGCGUGCCUCGACGCAGCAAUCUGAUGUCCAGCUACCCUCCCGGAAUAUCGGCGUAGCACCAUCGUCCCAACUUCCACAGCCCCCACCGCUGACUAGUCUUUUGUCUAAACAUCAGCCUCAUCACUCGCAGCCUAAUGAGCUGCCUACCUCCAUGCAUAGUGACAACAGAUUUGCCUACUCAAAUAGCCCAGUUCUGAAGUCUGCUGCUUACGUGGCGCCGUCUUCCUCUGGGCCAAACUAUAUUCGUGGUCAUCGAAGAACGCAGAGCGCACAGGUCCGCAUGGUGCCUGAAAUGUCUACUUUUACCGUCAGUAGAUCACCUACAAUCAUAGAGCACCGUGUCGAUGAAGCCGUAUCGCAUGGAACUAAUAAUCGUCAAUUGGUGCAGACGCAAAGUUCUAGCACGCGAAGUCCACCUACGGUUGGCGGCGCAUCUACAUCCUCAAAAGUCAGCUUUUUAAUACAUACCCCGAAGCACCCUCCUAAAAGAUAG